AUGAUUCUUUUUAAAUUUGAAAGCUGCAUUUUUUUCUUAUUUAAUAGCAUUUUACAUGACUGUUUUUACAGUUCAGAACCGGAGAUUAUUCAGACGGAGCAGUGGUUACGUCCUUGUAAACGAUUACCUCUUCGAAAAAGAGUUUCAGUUCCUAGUAAUGAAUAUUUUUGCAGUGCAGAAGAAUAUACAGAAAGCAGUUUGUUGGAACCAAACAAUUGUGAGACUGACGAUCAGUUAUUUACUGAGUCAUCUGUCGAACUCAGCUUUUAUGACUAUAAACAUACGAAAGCGAGAUUGGAACAGACUUUGAUUUCACUAUCAGAAACUCCAAGAUCUAAUGAGGAGAAGGCAGGAACAGAUAUUCAGUAUCUCUGCGUCAUGUCUAUGGAAAUACUGGCCUUAACUUCGCGUGGUAUGCCAGUACCAGAUCCUAAAUGCGAUGAGAUUUUAGGCAUAUUUUACACCGUUUUUACGGAUGUUUGUUGCCAAAAUGAAACUGAUUGCGUUAAUGGCGUUUUGCUGAACAUGGAUGAGGCUGUAAUUGCAGAGAAUGAUUCCUAUACUUUUGUAACCUCUGAAAAUGAUUUAUUUUGUUCUUUUGCCAAAAUUAUUCAAAGGUAUGAUCCUGAUAUAGUCAUUGGAUAUAAUACUACUCGAUAUUCGUGGGGUUAUCUUAUUGAAAGGUCACUCGUUUUGGGGCGAAAUUUGCUGUCAGAAAUUUCGCGAUAUCAUAUCGAUAUCAAUCAUUAUUAUCGUCCUGGAGAACAAAGUAGAAUUAAAUGGGUAAAAGAGUUAGAUACAACUCCAAAAGGUAGAAUACUUGUAAAUAUAUGGCGUAUUAUCCGAUCUGAAGUUUCGCUAAGAAAUUACACACUCUCGAAUGUGGUGAAUAAACUUUUGAAUCGACGAUUUCCACAGUACAGUUUUCCAACUCUAACGGAAUGGAUUUUGUCGAAUAGAAAGGAUUUAAUUUGCUUGGUUUUGCAUCACUUACAGCUUAGUUGUCAGCUUAAUAUGAUUGUACUUUUGCGUCUGGAUUUCUUUACCAAAACAUCUGAAAUGGCGCGUCUCUAUGGGAUACAGUUUAAUGACGUAUUUACACGUGGUUCUCAAUUUCGUGUUGAAUCAAUGCUUUUACGACUUGCACAUCAACAGAAUUACGUUGCUCCAAGUAUCUCAACUUUGCAAAGGGAAAUGAUGUGCUCACCUGAAACCUUACCACUUACUAUGGAACCAGAAUCAGGUUACUACAAUGAUCCAGUCAUUGUACUGGAUUUUCAAUCACUUUACCCAUCAAUUAUUAUUGCUUAUAACUACUGUUUCUCAACAUGCCUUGGAAAGUUACUGCAUGUUACAAAUAUUGAUCUUAUUAAUAAAGUGAUUGAAUUCGGUGGCUUGGAAUAUAACUGUCCGUUGGACGAUAUUAUUUCAAUGCACAAAAAGCGCGAACUGCAUAUAUCGCCAACAGGAGUCAUUUUUUGCAAGAAAUCUGUUCGGAAAGGUUUGAUGCCUCUGAUGCUUGAAGAAAUAUUGGAUACAAGAGUAAUGGUGAAAAAAGCAGUCAAGAAAUAUAAAGAUAAUAGAUUGUUAGCUCGUACAUUGGACGCACGACAAAUAGCGUUGAAAAUGGUAGCUAAUGUGACUUAUGGAUAUUCUGCAGCAAAUUUCAGUGGUCGGAUGCCUUGUGUAGAGGUGGCUGAUGCUAUCGUUAGUAAGGGAAGAGAAACUUUAGAGCGAGCUAUCCAUCUAGUGAAUUCUGGGAAUUAUGGGAAUUCACGAGUUGUAUAUGGUGAUACUGAUAGUAUGUUCGUCGUUUGCCCUGAAGCAACUCGCAUUGAAGCAUUUGAUAUUGGAAGAAGGAUUGCUGAUGAUGUCACUAAUGCAAAUCCUAAACCAGUGAAAUUAAAAAUGGAGAAAGUUAUGCAUCCACUUAUUUUGGAAUCAAAAAAACGAUAUGUGGGAAUGAGUUAUGAAAGCGCAACUGAUUCCGAGGGUGUUUUCGAUUCUAAAGGAAUUGAAACAGUCCGAAGAGACUCGUGUCCUCUUGUUUCAAGAAUCCUAGAGAAAGUUUUACGUCUGCUUUUUUCUAACAACGUGAAUCAGAUGAUGCGUUAUUUAGAUAUUCAGCUAUCAAAUCUCUCACAGCUCGCACUCUCAGAGUUUAUUUUUAGUCGUGAAUAUCGUAAAUCAUAUGCGCAGUCUGCAGUUGUGGCGUCAAAGCUGAUAGCAGAAAAACGAAAGGCUAUAUCUUUGCGCUAUGAACCAGAAGUUGGUGAACGAGUGCCAUUUGUGAUUGUUUCUGGCGAACCAAAUAGCACAUUGAUAUCAUGCGUUCGAGAACCACAAGAAUUCAUAUCUGAUCGUCGUAUGACACUUAAUUUCGAAUAUUAUGUGAAUCGUCAAGUGCUGCCUUCACUGCAACGAGCUCUUGACUACGUGUUUCUAAAAAUUGAAUGGCGUUGUCCGACAAUAGUUGGAUGUUAUAAAUGUAGGGCAUUAGGUACUCGGCUUUGGUGUACAAAAUGCAUUACUGAUCCAAAAGCUCUUGUACUUGCACUAACUAAUUAUUAUCAAGAAAAACGUCUGCUUGCAAAGCUCAAUAAUAUUUGCCCUUUACGAUCAAUCAGCAUUGAUUAUAGCAAAUGCAUUAAUAUGGCAUGCAUCGUAAAACAAAAACGAAUUUUUUUGGGUCGUUCAGUGACAGCUGAUGCUGUGAAAACUCAUGCUUUAACUGAUAAAGAGACCUUCCUGAAUUUUGAGUGAAA